CUUCAACUCAGCAAUCUCUUUAAUCAUCUCAGGCAUCCAUCACUUGGAAACACAAUGCCUUCUUCAAGAGUUAGCUUCUUCUUCAAUCUGUUAAGCUUAGCUUUAAUCUUCCAAACUGUUGUUGGAACCAACCCUCUACUGCAUUUUUGUUCAAGCAAUGAUAACUUCACUUCCCACAGCCCAUACGAAACAAGUCUGAAGAAACUCAUGAGCAAUUUUUACUAUCUAGCUCCACCCAGUGGAUUUGCUCUUGGUUCUCUGGCUCAGAGUACCCAAGAACAGGCAUAUGGGCUCGCUCUUUGCAGAGGAGAUGUUUCAGCCUCAGAUUGCAGAACAUGUGUAGCAGAAGCAAGCAGUGAGAUACGUAAGCUCUGCCCUUACAAUAAAGGAGGAAUUAUAUGGUACGAUAAUUGUGUAUUGAAGUACUCCAACAAGGAUUUCUUUGGCCAAAUAGACAACCAAAACAAGUUCUCCCUGUUGAACGUGCAAAAUGUAAGUGAUCCAAUGACAUUUAACCAGAAUACGAAGCAGCUGUUGAGCCAACUAGCACAGAAUGCUUCCAUCAACCCGAGGAUGUAUGCAGCUGGAGAUAUGGAAAUUGACGAGGGAUCAAAGAAAGUUUAUGGGAUGGCUCAAUGCACAAGAGAUCUCUCCAGUGUUGAUUGCAAGAAGUGUCUUGAUGGUGCCAUUGGUGAACUCCCAAGUUGCUGUGAUGGGAAACAAGGAGGUAGAGUUGUUGGUGGGAGUUGCACUAUUAGAUACGAAAUUUACCCAUUUGUUAAAGCUUAUUAAGCUAUAUUUAUUUAAUUAAGUAUGCUAUGUUUUGGGAAUAAUGGAUCAUUUACCUUAUAAAUAUGUUAUGAGUUCUGAAAAAUAAGUACGCAAAUUUUCAUCGAUUGUUUAGUUUCCUUUAUGAAAUUAUUGUCUGUAUUUGCAUUCUAAUUCAUGAGUUUCUGAAUUUGAGAAAAAAUGAAUAUGUAAGUCUUCCUCCCCAGUCAUGUAUAUUAUAAAAUUUUGUCCCACUUAAGAUAAUUGAAACAUACAAA